AUGAGCAAGCGUAUCCAUCUCAUCGCACCAUUCCUGCUGGCCGCAGCACUUGUUGCCUCUGCCGCUGAGGAACCGGAGGAUUAUUUUGAGUUCACCUGCCCAAAACCGGACGGUCAGUUCGAAGAUCCGUACCAGUGCGAUAAGUACUACGAGUGCGAUGAUGGCCGCGUGUCGGAGAAGCUGUGCCCGGACGGGCUCGUCUUCAACCCGGCCAGCAAGCUGGUAAACAAGUGCGACCAGAUAUUCAACGUGGAAUGUAACGACCGAAAGGAGCUUCAACCCCCGAAGCCGGUCGGCGUAUGUCCGCGGCAGAACGGUUUCUUCCCACAUCCGGAUCCUUCGAUCUGUAACAUCUUCUACAACUGUGUGAAUGGACGCGAGCUGGAGAUGACGUGUGUGGCUGGGUUACACUUUUACCAACCGACCGGUACCUGUGUGUGGCCCGAUAUGGCUAACCGGCAGGGAUGCGGUAGUAACGCAAACAAGAAACUCAACGACGGGUUCCAGUGUCCGAAGGAUGCCACGAAGAUGGAUAAGAACGGGCAGGUUAUCACACACCCGAACUAUCCCCAUCCGGAUGACUGUCAGCGGUUCUACAUCUGUCUGAACGGUAUCGAACCGCGCCAGGGUACGUGCGACGAAGGCAUGGUCUACAACGAGGAUCUCCAGCGUUGUGACGAUCCGGAGAAUGUACCAGGAUGUGAGGAUUGGUACAAUGCUCCUGAGACGGAUCAGGGAGCGUGAUUGCAGAGUCCCACCGAUGGUAUGCAUCUUUAAUAGCUCUAGG